ACGGAUACACAAGACAGUACGCAGGCCGAAGCUACAGAGCAACCGCCUGUUGACGAAGGCCCUCAGAUACCGGAACAUGUUACAUAUAUUCUAAUUGGUGCAGGUACCGCCUGUUAUUCUGCAUUCAAAACAAUUAGCAAAAGAGAUCCGAAAGCUAGGAUCCUUUUGAUUGGUGAAGAAGACUAUGUACCGUAUAUGAGACCGCCACUUUCUAAGGAAUUGUGGUUUAACGAAGAUGCUAAUGUUGCAGAAACUCUAAGAUUUGUGCAGUGGAAUGGUCGUGAGGGAGGAGUUUUUUAUCAAGAAAAGGAUACUUAUUUAACUCCCAAGCAACUAGCUGAAGGCCAAACAGGUGCUGCGGUUAUCUGCGGCAAGAAGGUCGUUGGUAUCGAUUCUGUCGCUAGAAAAGUAACACUAGAUGACGGUACUCGAAUUGGCUAUGACAAAUGCUUGAUCGCAACAGGUGGUUUUCCGAAAAGUUUACCUAUAUUUAAAAAUUCUCCACAGGAAGUUAAAGACAAAGUGUCAUUUUAUCGUAAUGUUACAGACUUUAAAAAUCUUGACGGUAUCGUACGUAAAGCAGAGAGUGUUACAAUAGUUGGUGGGGGAUUUUUGGGCAGCGAAUUGGCCUGCGCAUUGGCACGAAGAGGUCGCUCUACUGGAUUAAAGGUCCACCAAGUAUUCCCAGAAGAGGGUAAUAUGGGUAGAGUUUUCCCCAAAUAUCUAUGUGACUGGACCACAAAAAAAGUUGAAGAAGAAGGUGUUCAUGUUAUUCCUAAUAAUACCAUUUCAAAGGUUGAAUUAGAAGAUAAUAAAGUCUCUCUGUCACUAAAGUCUGGUGAAAAAAUUGCUAGUGAUCACGUUAUACUUGCUGUCGGCUUGGAGCCAAAUACAGAGUUGGCAUCAUCUGCACAGUUAGAAGUUGACGAUAAAGAAGGGGGAUACAGAGUCAACUCGGAGUUGCAGGCUAGAAGUAAUAUAUGGGUGGCUGGUGAUGCAGCUUGCUUUUAUGAUAUCAAACUUGGACGAAGGCGUGUGGAGCAUCAUGAUCACGCCGUUGUCAGCGGUAGACUAGCUGGAGAAAAUAUGACAGGAGCAGGGAAACCGUAUUGGCAUCAAUCCAUGUUUUGGAGUGAUCUUGGGCCACACAUUGGGUAUGAGGCUAUUGGCGUAAUUGAUUCUUCCUUACCGACUGUUGGUAUAUGGGCAAAAGCUACGAAAGCGGAUUCACCCAAAGCAGUUGUAGAGGCAUCAGACGAUAAUAUCCGCUCUACAGCACAAGAGGACGCAGCACCUGAGACCCCUGCUGUAGCACCAGAAGCUAGCAGCAACUCUGACGUUCUUAAUAGUGAGAAGUUUGGUAAAGGUAUUGUAUUUUAUACAAGAAAUGAUGUAGUUGUUGGUAUCAUCAUGUGGAAUACUUUCCAACGUAUGCCAAUUGCUAGAAAAGUAUUGAAAGAAGGCAAAAAAUAUACUCCAAAUGAACUUCAAGAGUUAGCCAAGCAAUUUAACAUCCUUGGCCAGGAAUAA